AAUGAGGAGGACGAGGAGAACAAGGACAAGAAGAUAAAAGAGAAUGAAAAGGAAGGGGAGGAGGAGACAUAUAGCCUAUCUGCUUCAGAAGAGCUGGAGAUUACUUUGCAGUCCAUUAGAGAUCUGUGGGUGGAGAAAGUUGGCUGUGAUAUUGUGCUGCAGGCAGAUGGGCAACCAUUUCAUGCUCACCGAGUGGUCCUCGCUGCCAGCAGUGACUACUUCCAUGGCAUGUUCACCAGUGGUAUGAAGGAGACACGGCAGUGGGGCGUGACACUCCACUCCCUGGGCGACGAAGAGCUGGAUGCUUUCCUCCUUUGCUUCUACAGUGGAUCUCUGGUCCUCAGCUGGGGGUGGGUGUUUGAGCUCAUUUGUGCUGCCUUUCAGUUCCAAGUCAAGCCUGUACUUUCCCUUUGCCUUGACUUCCUCCAUCAGGAAAUAGAUGCACACUCCUGCCUUGAUGUGGCCUCAUUUGCCGAAGCCUACGGAAUGUGGGACUUACUUCAGUUUGCUGAUGACUUUGUCGUCAGGCACUUUAAAGAUGUGUCCACAACCCCCAAAUUCCAGGACCUGUCCAGUUACAAGCUGCUUAGAUACAUGAAGAGUAAUGCUCUGUGUGUGCCCUCUGAGAUUGUUGUCUUGCGGGCAGUCAUGUAUUGGGCUGGUGCCAACCCUAUACAGAGAGCGGAUUUGGCCAGGGAGUUCAUUGAUGCGAUCAAGUUUCCUCUUUUGAUCUAUGAGGAACUUGAGGAAUUCAAUGAAGCAGAAGCUAUUCCCAGGUGGCCCCAACAAAGCAUGAGAAACCUGUAUCAUGCCAUGUUUGAAGAAUUCUUUUAUCAAGAGGUGGAUAAAAAACCUAAAUUCAGGGACUACUUGCCUAAGGGCAAUUUGGUACUGGUGGGAGGGGAAGGAAUCACACAUGACAUGGGCAACCGCAAACCCAGCGGAGAUCUGUGGUUCAGCAAUGCCCUCCGCAACCACACAGGCACCAUCAAAGAGGUGAAGUGGAAGUUUCUAGGAGAGAUGCCGGAGACAACAAGAUUCUGUCAUGAAGUCGCUGUUUUGGAAGACAAGCUGUAUGUGUGUGGUGGCCGUGAUUUCUAUGGCCAAAUCGACAUUUUGAAAUCCAUGUUCAGGUAUGACCCUUUUGAUAACACCUGGAAAAGACUUGCGGACAUGCAGGUGGGCAGGUGUCAAUUCUCUAUGGUGGUGUUCGAGAGAAUGAUUUACGUCAUGGGAGGUGAAAGAGCAUCAAACUUCAAUGUGGACAGUGUGGAACGAUACUGCCCUAACACAGACUCCUGGAGUUUUGUCCGCCCUUUGGACCAGCCCAUGAGUAGCCAUGCUGCCUCGGUGUGGAGAGGAGAUAUCUACGUCUCGGGGGGCUACAACUGUGAGUACCAGUGUUUGGUGUCCAUGUUCCGCUACCAUCCUGAGAGAGGAACCACCUACCUGGCCGACAUGCCCCACAGUCGGGCUCAGCACCGGAUGGAGUGUGUGGGUGGUUACUUGUAUACCAUUGGUGGAGUGUGCAGUGCCAAGAGCGGCGGCUACAUCGACGACCUGUCGUGCCAGGUCUACAGUCCGGAGUCGGACUUCUGGUGCAGUAUCCCCCCUUUGCCUUUGCCGCAUGUUGGGGCAGCCUCAGCCGUUCUGGAGGACAAGGUCUACAUCCUAGGGGGGUAUUGCCAGGCGGACUACGGCGAGUGUAAUUUCAUUCAUCGCUAUGAUCCUGACACCGAGUGUUGGGAGUACAUGGGUGAGAUGCCGGGUCCUAUAAGUGACAUCCGUGCCUGCCGACUUCACCUACCCGACCACUUCAGGAAAUAAAGAAGACUGGAAUGUGUGUGUGAGUGUGUACAGUAUGUGUGUGUGUGUGUGUGUGUGUGUGUGUGUGUGUGUGUGUGUGUGUGUGUGUGUGUGUGUUUGUGUGUGUGUGUGUGUGAGAGAGUGUGUACAGUAUGUGUUUGGUAUGUGUGUGGUGAUUCUUCUGAAGUGUUCACAGACUUCUUGCCAGCUAACUCUGAUUCUCUGAACUCUGAUUAUGAGACUUUGUCACAAGAAUGCAAGCAGGUUCUUAUCUGAGGAUGGAGAAACAGGAAGUGUUAUUUCACUAGUACACACUCACAUAUAAAUGAGAAAAGUGUUUUUGUCAGCUGUCUGUUAGAUAAUAACUAGUCACUGUCUUACAGUAUGUCUUUACAUUCAUUGUUGAAAAAUUCAUUGUUGGGGUAGUGUCAUUAUCACUGCUUGAAACCAACUAUUUUUGACUGUCUUGAGCCAGGUUAGUUUUAGUGAUGAUGUGUUGCUCUAAUGGUAAUCCUGCUCAGCAUGAGAGGACCCACAGGUUCAGACAUUUGGUUUGUGUGCUUGGCUGAGAAGCCACUGAGGGAUUACAAUGAAGUCAGAAUCCCUCUAAGUCAGAAUCCCUCCCAGGUGUAACAAUAUUCAUGCGCCUAAGUGUUGGUUUUGAGUAGCCGGGGCCCCCGGGUCCCAGUAAGCAGAGCCGUUCAUUACUGGGUCAGGCUGCGGCUGGAAAAGUGCCGUACCUUCCCUGACACUACACUGCAUGUGCGUGCAGAACCUGCUGCUAAAUCACUAGACGACCAGAGUAUUUAUUUUUUUGUUGGAGUUACAUACAUUUGCACAAACAAAAACAACUUUUUGAGCGGCAAGCUUCUCACGUACAUUAAACUGCACUACUACACAUACAGUUUUGCAUGGGAAAUCUGUGACACUAAACUGCACGUAGAAACUUGCAUGGGGAAUUUGUGACUAAACUGCACGUAUACCCACGUCUUGAACUUAAAUUUGGUAAAUUUUACUGUUCCAUUGUAUGAGUGAAAGAACAGUAUAGGGCUUUUUCCUUUCAAUUUAAUUUUUGGUCUUUAAAUGUGUUCUGUCCGACAUGUUACUGGUAAACUGGCCUAGCAUAAGCACUUAUCGUUGGAGAAAUAUUUUCUGGAUUGAUUGAUUAUUUUAAGGGGGAAAAAGAAUCAAUGUUGAUAAACCAACGUUAUCCCCAAGAAUCUGUUCAACAUUUUGUCUGUUCAACAAAGCUUUUGGACAGCACUCUCUACUUGUCUUCUUUUAAGGACGUUCCCUUGCAAAUAUUAUGUCUGCUUGAAUAUGAUGUCCAUAGGGUGUGGAUAAGACUGACAGACUGAAUGGUUGAUUACAAUGGACUGAAUGAAAGCGAAUACUACCGCAGUAGCAGUGCUUCGCCUGAAUGAGAACAUAGUUCCAAGUAUGUGCUUAGAAAGUCGCUGUGUCUCAUUUUACAUUGGUAUUUGUAGCUUACAUGUUGUAACUAUACAAGUCACAACAUGUAAAUAGAAAAAUGUUGGUGUUCUUUUGUCACUUUUGGGAGCUAUAAGCUAGUUGAUUCUGACCACCUCAAUUAACUAAUGCUAAGCUAGGCUAAUGGUAGGUGUUUCAAAGACAAGAGGAGAUGCACAGAGACAAGAAUGGUAUAUCAUCUUAUCUAACUCUGGGGGAGACGGGAGCUAAUUUUCCAAUUUAGCGGAUAUUUUAAUGGACAAAGAGGCAAUGCACAUACCUUGAAAAUAAAAUCAGCUGUAUUGAACAAAAUAUUUCCAAAAUAUUGGACAGUUAUCAUGUUUAACCCUUUACUUUGUUUUAAUUGUAUAUGCAUGUAAGAUAUUAGUUUCUGUGGAUGAAUGUCUGUGGGUGUGUGCAUAUGUGCACAUAUUUGAUCAUUUUCUCAGUUCGCUUCUGUAUAUACUGUAUAUUGCUAUGUGUUGAUUGAUUGUCUUCGUCCAUAUUGGAAUAAAAUCAA